GUUUCUUUUCAAAUUUGUUAUGUCAUAAACAAAGCAUGUACAUUAGAUAUAUAUACUUCACCAUUCUGCUAUAUUCCUUUCUACUCUUGUGAUCCUCUUCUUUCUACUCCAGAGCAUAACAAUAUCAUUAUAGAAGGAACAAUGGACAGAAAGAGAACUAGUAAUGGUAGGAAAAUGAAGACGAUGAAGAGUAACAGGGGUUUUAUGUGCCAGUCACCUGGAUCAACAGCAAUCGUAUGCAUGACUGUUGAUCCAAGGUCAAUUGUCGCUCCAAGAAGGAGUACAAGCCUAGGUAACAACAGUAGGUAUUCUUCUUCAGACAUUGAUGAUCAAAAUGCAAGGUUGAUCAGUGGCAAUGGUGGUAGUUCCGGUAUUAGCAGCAGCAACAGGAACAAACAAUACUCUCUACUUGUUGAUUCAAGAGGUUGUAAGGGUAUCAAUAUGACUACAACUUUUGGUUGUGAUAACCCUCAAAACGUCAAAAGAUCUGUUUUAUCAACAUCAUCAGCUUCAUCUAACUUCACGGCCAGAACAGUUCAACAAAAACCAGAACAAGUCGUCCCCAUUAAUCCCUCCUCGUUCCAGGUCGUAGUUAUGAGGGUUUCUAUUCACUGCCAAGGUUGUGCAGGAAAAGUGAAGAAACAUUUAUCUAAGAUGGAAGGAGUAACAUCAUUCAGUAUAGAUCUUGAAACAAAGAGGGUAACAGUUAUGGGUCAUGUGUCACCAGUUGGGGUACUAGAAAGCAUAUCAAAGGUGAAGAAAGCUGAAUUUUGGAGUACUACUCCUACUACAAGCACCAACAACUCUUGAGUUAUGGGAAAAAGAAGAAGAAGAAGAAGAAGAAGAAGAAGAAGAGGCUUUGUUGAGAAGUUACUUAAUAUGGUUAGGAGGAGGAGAAGAAGUCACAUGGGGUGUGAUGGUGGAUGGAAUGAUAUUAAACUGUAGCAACAAGAAAAAUUUGUAUUUAUCUUCUUGAAUAUCACUACUUUUGGGACAUUGUUAGGUUGGCAUGUGAAUUGGAAGUACUAUUCUCAUAAUAUUAAUGAUAAAUCAUUUUCGGUAUCAGUAUGAGUGGUGAUGAUGUGUAUAUGUUUUCAUGUUCAAGUACUGCUUAUUUGAAGGGAAUUCCCCAUUUGAUCA